AUGUUCAUGGAUGAGGGUUUCAGUAUAAGUGAUUCAGAGGAGGGCAUGAAGGAGGAAGAUGAGGACGAAGAACCAUACAAAAGAUUGAAACACAUCUAUCUUAAAUCAGAUUGCGGCCUUUGCAAUCAACCAAUGGGUCCAAACCAAUGGACUCUAGCAUUAAUUGGUAAUCCUGAAGGGACCAAACUAGUGAAGUGCACAAAAAAGUUCCAAUAUCCUGGAACCCGCCAAACUAUUCGCGUUAGGGGAAUACUACCGUUAUGCCAACGUAAUGAGUGUGGGAGGUGCUCAAAGUCCCCUCCUUCUAUAACAAUACACGCCAGUUGUUAUCGCGUAUUCAUGAAGGAAUAUCGACAGAAGAGUGCAAUGGAGCGCAUAUGGGUUGCAUCAUGCUGGAAGUUUCCAUGGCUGCAUGAUCCUGUUCAACUUACACCUCGGCUCAGUCUCAAUAACACUGCCAAGGCCUUCAUCCAAAAUGUUGCAGAAAGUAUGUCUUCGUCUGAGGCUAAGAUCGAGAGCUACCCAUUGGCCAGCAUCAAGUCAUGGCAACGUGGACUACCAGUUGUCUGCGAUAAAGGCGAAUCGAAAGAAUUCGUUCUCAGACUAACUGUUGAUGGCGAUGGCCUCAAUAAAAUUGAGAAACUGGAGAGCUGGCCCGAGUAUAGUCAGGUUCGGUCUAAUGCUUUUGCGUAUCUCUUCGUCCUGCCCUCCCAAGCAGAAGAUUCACAUAUUGAUUUCAAGUUUGGACGAGCCUUUCUCAGAAAGUCUUUGCGGUUCGGAUUCGGGGAGUUUUGGGACACGCCGACCCCUCUAAAGAAUGGACUGAGCAUGUUUGCUACACCAUUCAACCGCUAUGGUGCUGUCCGUUUCCGGACGGUAGAUCUUUGCAAUAUCACUGGUCUGACAUUCUUCUACUUCAGAGGUUAUAUGAUGGGGAUUCACGCUCACACAGCCGACUCCCCAACAGCAACAUCCACUUUGGAUGAGAUUUCAGCAAUAGAUCCGAAGUACUUGAUCUGGGCGUAUGUACCAAUUUCGAGUAAAGACAGUCUCGUGAGGAUUGGUGUACGCGACAGUUUAGAUUUGUGUCUGCUUCCGGCGUUUAAAAAACCGACAGUGCUGAUAUCAACCAAGCUCGCCGGUGAUUUCGUGCUGGGUCCUGAUUAUAAAUAUGCCAUGAAAGAAUACUUAUCAGCAAAGGACCCGAGCGUGUUUGUGUACAAUGUUCCGUAUAAUCGAUACCACAGUAUGUAUGGAGCAGUAAAUGACAACAAGGGUGACGAACCUUUAGCACCAUUCCCUCGGACUUAUGCCACGGGAGGGUGUCCCCCAUAUCGUGGCCGCAUUUAUUCCCAGGCCCCCGCAAAGGACAUUGUUCACGUCGAUGUCUAUUACGAGGAAGCCACCGGAUAUUGCAGAGGACUCCUCCUUGAAUACGCCAACGGCGCUCAGAUGGCGUUGGGCCAAUGCCGAGUCGGGAUUGACCCCUUCAAGUCUUUUGAUAAACCAAACUGGCUUUGCUAUGCGUAUAGCUCCAACGGCAAAACAUUCAAUCGGAUUGGGCAAUGUAAAAUCGAAUGCAGCACUGGUUCGGAUACUCAUGACCAUGAUCAAAGUGGUAUGUUCUACCAUUGGGCAUGUACUCCCUUGGAAGGGACUCUCGAGUUCGCGUGUGAUCAUAGAAUGGCUGGGCUGCAGUCAUAUGUCGACAUUGAAGAAUGA